AUGGUCAUGGCCGAAGAGCAAAUUCUGGUAAGCGAAAUUCUGGAUCAGAUCACGGCACCGACAGUUCGUACAACAUCUUCGGGCACAAACGUAUGUGAUCAACGACCCUCCAUUGGUCUUCCGUCGCACAGUGAGAGUCUCACAAGGAUACGGAAUGCUUACGCCGAAGCCGUUGCAAGACGAGUGCUGUCCAUAAACCAGACGAGAGAAAUGGACAAUAUGCUUAAAGACUUUCCCAGGACUAAGCUACUUGAGCAGCACACAGGAGUAAUCCAAACCCCGCAAGGAUUUCUCGACACACGUAAGCCCGCAAAUUCCAUUCAUUCGAAUGCUGAGGUGUUUGUAAACAGAGCGAUAGUUUCCAAUCCGCGCUUCGAUCACGCUACAUUCGUGUCCAAAGGAUGGCUUGAAAAGGACUCUUCCUUAGGCAAAAAAGAAUCGAAGACUGAAACAAAGGAAGCAAACGCGAAGUUAACUGACAACAGAGCCUUUCACACAGAACCAUUUAUAACACGCCAAGCUCCAGCAUCAGGUGCAUCUACAAAUAGAACUGACAUAACUCAUGAAGCAGGAUACGGUACCGCAGCAUCCGCAGACAGCAAAAACGUCCAAGGCGCUGUUAAGGUAACGAUAUCAGGUACAGAGAUAUAUGAUGAUGAAGAGAAGGUGGCAGAUUCAACCCAAUCUGCCAUAAAGGCUGCAGAGAAACGGGGAGAAAAAAAAUACGUAGCAGAUUCAGAUCAACCACCGUUAUAUGGUACGAUACCCGCAGAGAAAAAGAAACAAGAGCACGCUUCUGACCAAAGAACAACACAAGAUACAAUAAAAACUGACAAAACGGAGCUCGUGACGAGUGACGAAUCGCAAAAGUCUCCAUCUCGUUCAAUGCAGAGUGAAGAAAAUAAAGGUACGUCGACUGGGACGGCUAAAGAAACUAAACUAGCGUCCACACCGACGCAAGGGGCGCCACAAUCGAAGACAGUUGGAGCGCACACAGGCUACUGCGCAGUGUGCGAAGGUGCAUUGCCAUUGGAAAAGGCUUGCCUCUCAUUUCUUUGUUUCGGAAGGCAUGACUUGGCGAACUACAUCGCAACCGUUCCAUCUGAAAGCCUGAAUUUAUUCAAGUUGAGAAUCGCAUCUGACGGCGAUGUCAAGGAAGUGAUGUUCUUGCCAUGGAAGGAAGAAGAAUUUACUUCCACGGUGUCCGCCUCAAUUAUCACAAGACGCAUGGUGUGCCCCAAUGGCUUCUACGUCGCUGUCGAGGCCGCGCAAGGAAACAUCUGCGGAACAGCCAGCAUCCUAACCUUUGACGAAGAAGUCGCUUUCUGUGGCUUCUUCCACCUGCUCCAGGGCUACUCGUUCCAGGACUUAGGUCUCUUACUCUGGAACCAAAUGCUGCACACAACGGGAGGCAAGAACGUAUUCACUGUGCUUCCGCAAGAUGACAGCCAAGAGCUUCUCUCCAGUUAUCCGUUUCAGGUAUCCACCGUCAGCCCCAUCAUGUUCGGGCCAGUUCGUUUGUCCAGAAGUGCUUACAAGAAGAAAGUCUUGACACUCGACUACAAGGACAAGUACUUCGACGCCCUAGUUUCCUACGACAAGCACGUUUUCGGGUACAGCAGAAAGCGAUUCCUAGAUUCCACGCUGCAAGAGAUGGGUCUUCAUGUCAGGGUGGCAACCAGGAACGAAAGAAACGUCAGCGGUUACGGAGCGAUACAGAAAGACAAACAUGGACGUCCUGUCUUGCGCUGGCUAAUGGCCGACGACGUGGAAACAGCAGAGUCACUCAUGCAUAGUCUCCUUCAGCUCCUCGAACCGGGGGAAGAGGUAGAAAUAGUGGGAGCGUUUUACACCCGCAACGCAAUCACAAGACAUUUCUUGGACAAAGUGAACAUAUGCGAACUUCGGCCCUGGGUGCUUGUCUACACCAAAAGGGAGCCCAUUUAUAACUGCAGAAAAAUCGCUGCCCUCACCGUGGUUUGA